GUUUUUUAUCCAUUGACCUUUGUGCAUAUUUAAUUAUUAAGUAAGAAGGUAAAAAAAAGAGUUGAUCUUGUACAUAAGCUACCUCAUCUUCGUUGUUUUGGGAAAUGUAAUAAUUCAGUCUCUUAAUGGGCUGCUAAUUUUUUGUUUUAUUUGAAUAGACUUCAGUGAACAAUUUCUGUGCAGUUUCUGUCUGAUUAGAAAGGACUUUUUAUGUUUCUCUGUCUUGGUAUGAGUCUAACGAAUGUUGUUUGAAAGUAAAUCACAAAAUACAUGCUUACUGGUGAUGUGCCAGCUGGCCUGUUACAAGCAGGGGUAUAAUUAUGAGAGAAAUGUUUUAACUUGGAGAUUUUACAGAUGGUUUACAGAGCAGGCUGUGCUUUAUUUCUUUGCGUCCUCUCUUCUGUACCUUCUGUGUCUGCAUUGUGGGUAGUUUAUAGGCAUCUAGAGUAAUUGCCCGAUGGGAGAAGUCAUCUUAUUUGACUAUUGCAAAUUGUCUUGUCAGAGUUAACAAAGAAUUGUAAGGGUUGGGGUGUGGUGUUAGGGUUUUUUUUGAUUUCUAGAUUUGACAUAAAACCUUUUGUCCAUUCCAGAGGCAUUAAGAACUUUAUCUAGAUUUUGCAAAUGGCAUUGCUGCAUGACUUUCAUUUAUCUGUAGAGUAAUGUCAGGUCUUUGCAUUGUGUCUUUGCAUUCUGUAUGCUACAUGUCAUUGCUUGGAUGUUUUGGGACAGCUUUGCAAGAAGCUUCACAUUUCACAUGAGCUAACAGGUAAACAAAAGUGUGCAAUCUGCAGUCACUACAGGUAGAGAAGUAUGCUCAGAGUGGUGAGAGCACCUGUGUGUCUGCAGCAUAGCAUGGUAGCAGCAGGUUGGGAGAGUGGUGGCUGCUCUGCACUUUCAGUCACCUUCUGGUAACAUGCAGGAAAUUUUGUCAUGCCUCUUCUUCAGUAGUUACAGGAAAGGCUUCUUUCUUUGAAUAUCAGUCAGCAGUUUCCUGUCAAGUAUCACGUGAACUAACAUACAGUGUCCCCUGCCAAGCUAAGCAAAGACCUUUGCUGUAGGAGCUUCCCUGGUCCAGUUGCCGUUAUGCUCUUGAGAUUCUUUAGGUUUGAUUUUAGAACCUUCUGCUAGGUUUAAUGGCAAAAUCAAUGUGUUAAAAGGUAAGGGUAUUCACCUACAGCUCCUGCUGUUCUGGCAAACAGAAAAAUUCGGCAGUUAUAAUGUUUUAUUGUAAGUUAAUAAUUUUGAUCAAACUUUUUUUCUUCUUUCUUUUGAAUCUGUGAAGACCCGAGUAUUUGACCAUUCAUGUUUCAGGAAGGGUGGGGAAGCCAGGCUGUCUCUGUAGAUGUCACAUACCCAAUAUAAAAUUUUAGAUAUUAGAGAAAUGUCCUUUAAUUUCUUUCAGUAGUAAUUGCUGGUUCUAGCAAGUGGAUGAAAAUGCUUGCAUCAAUUGUGACUUUUUUCGAGCUCAUAUAAAAGUAGUUUUUUGUGUGUUGUUAGUCCAGCUCCUUUAUGGUUCUACUGAAAUGCAGCUUCCAGAUCCAAAGUGGUGUAAAAUAUCUGCGUACGUAUCUGUCAUUGUCUCUAAUGUUUGUUCUUUGUCAUAUGUACAGAAUAAUGGAAUUCAGUUACAGGUCUUGCUUACCUUCAGAAGACCUUGUGCACGUGUUUUUUACUCUUUUCUGUGUGUUUGGUUACUUGAUCUUUUCAACACCAUAUACAACAGUAAAAAGAUGGUAAGAUUUUCACCUUUCCAGUUGAUUUUUCAAACAAAGUUUGGGGAAUAUAGACGUUAAAUGCAGAGAGGUGUUGUGUCAAUGGCAUUAAUUUUGAUUGUUUGGCUUAUUUUUUGUUUCCAUGUCUCACCUCUUACUCCUCUACUUGGUUGUUCUUCAUUAUCCAUGUCUUUGGAGUGACAGUUGAGGUGAAAAAGAAAACUGUCUGAUCAAAUAGCAAAGAUGCAGAGCACUUCAAAUUACCUCUGGCUGUUGUCGGACAUUCUAGGACAGGGAGCGACAGCAAAUGUUUUCCGGGGACGACAGAAGAAAACUGGGGAUUUAUACGCUGUCAAAGUAUUUAACAGUAUAAGUUUCCUUCGUCCUGUGGAUGUUCAGAUGCGAGAGUUUGAAGUAUUGAAGAAACUAAAUCAUAAGAACAUUGUCAAAUUGUUUGCCAUUGAGGAAGAGACAACUACUAGACACAAAGUACUAGUUAUGGAAUUUUGUCCAUGUGGGAGUUUAUACACAGUUUUAGAGGAGCCAUCUAAUGCCUUUGGUUUGCCAGAGUCUGAAUUCUUAAUUGUUUUGAGAGAUGUGGUGGCUGGGAUGAAUCAUCUCCGUGAGAAUGGAAUAGUGCACCGUGAUAUCAAGCCAGGCAAUAUAAUGCGUGUUAUAGGUGAAGAUGGGCAGUCUGUUUACAAACUUACAGAUUUUGGUGCAGCAAGAGAACUUGAAGAUGAUGAACAGUUUGUUUCUCUCUAUGGCACGGAAGAGUAUUUGCAUCCUGAUAUGUAUGAGCGAGCAGUUUUGAGAAAAGAGCAUCAGAAAAAGUACGGAGCAACAGUUGAUCUGUGGAGCAUAGGGGUGACCUUCUACCAUGCUGCAACAGGGAGUUUGCCUUUCCGACCAUUUGAAGGACCUCGGAGAAACAAGGAAGUGAUGUAUAAGAUAAUCACUGGAAAGCCUUCUGGUGCUGUUUCUGGAAUACAGAAGGCAGAAAAUGGACCUAUUGAGUGGAGCUGGGAGAUGCCUAUUUCUUGUAGCCUUUCAAAGGGUCUGCAAGUACUGCUCACACCUGUCCUUGCGAAUAUUCUUGAAGCAGACCAGGAAAAAUGCUGGGGAUUUGACCAGUUUUUUGCAGAGACGAGUGACAUACUGCACCGAAUAAUAAUCCACAUCUUUUCAUUACAGCAGAUGACCUUGCACAAAGUUUAUAUUCACAGCUAUAAUACAGCUGCUAUAUUUCAUGAACUGGUCUACAAACAGACAAAAAUACCGUCUCAGAAUCAAGAACUGAUAUAUGAAGGUCGGCGGUUAAUACUAGAGCCUGGCAGAUUGGCACAGCACUUCCCCAGAACAACUGAGGAGAAUCCUAUCUUUGUAGUAAGCAGGGAGGCCAUGAACAUUGUUGGAUUAAUCUAUGAAGAAGUUUUACUUCCUAAAGUACAUCAACGUUACGAUUUGGAUGGGGAUGCCAGUAUGGCUAAAGCAGUGACAGGUAUUGUAUGUUAUGCCUGUAGAAUUGCCAGUUCUUUGCUACUUUACCAGGAGCUGAUGCGAAAAGGAAUUCGAUGGCUAAUUGAAAUAAUCAAGGAUGAUUACAAUGAAAUUGUUCAUAAAAAGGCAGAGAUUGUCAUCAGGCUGGAUUUCUGCAGCAGAAACAUUGAGAAAGCUGAGAAAAUAUAUGAGAAUUUGAUGCAGAUCAACUUGGAAGCAUCAGAAGUGGAUGAAAUUUCAGAGAUACACACAAAACUCUUGCGUCUCUCCAGCUCUCAGGGCACCAUAGAAACUAGUCUGCAAGAUAUCAAAACCAAACUUUCUCCUGGUGGUUUGCUGGCUGACACCUGGGCAAAUCAGGAAGGCAUGCAUCCAAAAGACAGAAAUCCAGAAAGGCUGCAGGCACUGCUCUCUUCCAUCACAGACAUCUACUAUCAGUUCAAAAAAGACAAAGCAGAACGAAGGCUUCCUUAUAAUGAAGAACAAAUACACAAGUUUGACAAGCAGAAGCUGUAUUUGCAUGCUACAAAAGCCAUAGCUCUUUUCAAAGAUGAAUGUGUCAGCAAGUAUGAUACAUUCUUGGACAAAGCUGAGGACUGGACAAGGAAAAUGCUUCACACAAGGAAGCAAUUACUGGCUCUCACCAACCAGUGUUUUGGUAUUGAAGAAGAGGUGUCCAAAUACCAGGAUUAUAUAAAUGAGUUACAAGAUGCCCUGCCGCAGAAAAUGUUUGCAGCUUCCAGUGGGAUGAAACAUACAAUGAAUACAGUCUAUCCAAGCUCAAACACAUUAGUAGAAAUGACUCUUGGGAUGAAGAAACUAAAGGAGGAAAUGGAAGGUGUUGUGAAAGAGCUGGCUGAAAAUAAUCACAUUUUGGAAAGAUUUGGUGCUUUGACUAUGGAUGGUGGCCUGCGGAACGUGGACUGUAUCUAGCUUCCAAAGGACCUGAAGAGGACUUGUACAUUUUUUCAAAAGGAAAAAAAUACUGUUGGGACAGUUAAAUGCAGAUAAUAAAUCUGUAUCCAGGAUUUUUUUUUUUGCUUCAACAAAUGUAAUAUUAAAGAAAAUGUAAAUAUGUAUAAUAUGUAAAUACAAAAGAAAUAUAUAUCUUUUCUUGGUCA